AUGGGAGCGUCCGAGCUGAGCACCCCGGUAUUGCCGACCUUUUGGGAGAUGCCGCCGUCCCAGCGCUUCGACAUCGGUUCUGAAACGCCCGAACAGUCGAAGCAGGCCCGGAGACUGGGAAAGACGUGCGGCGAGUGCCGGAGACAGCACCUGCGGUGCGACUUCUCCGCGCGCGAGGAUGCGGCGGCGGCGCAUGCGGUGCGCACAGGCGAAUCUCCCGCGGCCGUGCGCUGCACGCGGUGCGAGAACCGCGGCGUGGACUGUGUGCAGGUGAACCUGUCCAUGUCGCGCUACUAUCCCCGGCCUAGCCGUACCGGGCGGCGCAUCGAGCUUGGGCGCCAGCUGCACGGCUCGACGAUAUACCCCGACGCCGACGAGGGCGACGACAGCGGCCUGGACAGCUCGCAUGACCUCCAGACCCAGCGUGAGCUGAGCUGGCCACGGAUUUACCUGCGGCUAAUCAAGGUGUUCUUUUGCUACACGCACGCGCACUUUCCGUUUGUCGUAUACGAGCGUCUUGCUCAUGCCUUUAAUCUCGCGUACGGCGACUUUCGGCUCAUGGCCCAGUACCUCAAUGGUACCGAGGCCGACAAGGAGCACCCGGUGAUCUGCGGCGGGCCGACGCAGAUGCACAUCCGCCAGGGCAGCGGGAAUGUCGAGUGCACGCCAGAGACACUCGAAGUGCUUUUCGCGGUGAUCCUUGCGUGGGCUGCGCACCACAUCCACCUCCCUUUUGAGGCGCUGGACCCGGCCAUAUUUACGCAGAUGGGCCACUCGUCGCUUGUCGACGCGAUCCUCGCGGAUCCGGAGCUCGGGUACAAGCGGACGGCCCCCGUCGAGGUCCGCUCGUCGGCCGACGAGAACACGGCCGGCGGCCCCAAGCGCCGCGUCAAGCGCCGCCAGGGCGUCGCGUGCGAUACGUGCCGCCUGCGCCGCGUGCGCUGCGACCUGAUGGAGCAGCCGGCGGGGUCGAAAGCGUGCUCGCGCUGCCGCGUGAAGCGCAUCGUCUGCACCGACCGCUACAUCCAGUGGAAGCAGCAGCGCGACAUGCAGCGGCGCCCCGCCGGCGGGACGGGCGACACGCGCACGCUCCCGGUCGCGGUGACCUGCGUGCAGCUCCUCCCCGAGAUCCACGAGUUUGAGUUUGACGAGCAGCUCCCUCCCGCGACGCUCGGACUUUCGCAGCAGGAACUGCUUGAGUACGGCAUGGUGCGCGAAAACGUGUGCAAUAUCCUAAUUAACCGCGCGCUGCUGCUCGUGCACAAGUACGACCUGCAGCACACGUGCAACACACAGAGCGCGCAGGUGCUCGGCCUGCUGGCCAGCCUGCUCGACUACUCGCGUCCGGAAAUGGCGUACGAUGCGCAGCGUGCUGCGGUGCUGCACAUGAGCCGGCUCUUUCCGUGCAUCCACAUCGACCUGUCCGGCAUCGAGCAGUCUGCCGAGGCCGAGGCGCGCAUGAAGGACGUCUUUUCGGCACGGUCGCAGCUGACCCUGUGGGUGCGCGAUGCCAUCUUUAAUGUGUCACACCAGCGCCGGCCGCAGCUUUCUGCGCACUGGUUCAUGGUCGGCAUUCGUGCGCCGGACGCACCGGACGCGCAAGACGACGGCCUGCGCCCGCUGAACCUGGACGACAUCAAAGGCUACAUGCGCGAGGACCUGCCCGAGUCGACCGCCCUGUGUCUCAUUUUUUGCUCGACGACACACCUCGGCAGCAUUGCGCACCACCUCUUUCGCGAUGUGAUGGCACCGCUCUCGGAGCAGCUCUCGCUCCCGAGCCUCGCCCAAGUCGAGACGAUCGCCACCGCGUGCCACGCCAUAUGGGACGAUCUGUACACGGUCGAGCAGUCGCACCGCCUCUUUACGUCGCGUGCGCGCCUCCGCCUGCCACAGCUGCGCGCGAUCAGCGUGCUGCACUGGACGACGAUGGUGUACUGCCUGAUCUUUGUCCCGUACCACGCGCUCUCGCGGCGCCUGCGCGACUGGUUCGUGACCAACAACUCGCACCUUGCGCGCGGCAACUCCUCGGGCGAGGAGCGCGCGCGGGUGCUCGAGGCGAUGCGCCGCCUCUUUCAAGAAAGCCAAGAAAAGACGCUGUGCUACUGCCGCGUGAUUGCCUACCUCGCGCGCAACCAGCUCUCCACCGGUCUGAUCCACCGCGCCUCGUCGCUCACGCGCCAGCUCUUUCGCGUGGCGCAGUACCUCGCGCGGUCGCCCGCAGUCGACGGCACGGCCGAGUCCGAGCAGGACUCCGAGGCGUACCGCCCCGACUCGCACUCGGUUGCGAGCGUCGACUUUUUGCUGAACCCCCCGGAGGGGCACAAGCCCGAAAUUCUUCCGGCACCAUCGCCGCACGACACGACGACGAGCAUCAUCUAUCCCGACCUGGCGCUGAGUGUGCCGCUGUCGCGCCAUCUCGCACCAUACACACGUGAGGCGAAGCGCCGCGAGGUCGACUGGUGCAUCGAGGCGCUCGGCCAGAUUGGCUACGCGUUCCCGGGCCUCGACACGGAAAUCCGCCGGAUCGUGGAUAUCGUGCAGGCGAUGAGCUAA